AACGUUUCUUGACUCAAAAGAUCCAUCAGAGAAAGAGAAAGAAAGAAGAGAGAGAGAGAACACAAAAACAAAAACAAAAAAAAAAAACCAUCCACCACCAUCAAUGGAUGGUUUAAUACCAAUGGCGUUUAAGGCCGUGAAGAAGAACCUAACUCGCCGUCGUUACGAGUGUCUCUCCUCCUCCGCCUCGACCCGUGAGUCUUACGAAAUAAACGUCGACGGUCACCAUCGCCGUCGCUGGUCUAUCGGAGAUUUCUCAUCGAUAUCAAGCCGGGAAACAAAAAGAGCCGGCGUAGCUCCGGAGAAAGGUUAUUCUCCGCCACGGGAAGGCCAGCUCGUCAGAUACAAGAGCCAUCGUUUGUUUUCUUGCAUCUCAGGUCAAUAAUUUUAUCGAUUCAAGAAAAUAGGAAAAUUGCAUUUUGUUUUGUGUUUUGGUUUGAUUUAAAAUUACAAAGGUGUGUGAUAUUUCGUGGGAAAAUCAUGUAGAUAUUCCUUUUGUGAUUCUUUUUGAUGUCGAAACACAUAUGUACGUGAAGUUACAGUUUGGGUUUGUUGUGGAUAUGUA